AUGGUCCAAUUACGACCAAAAUAUGUGAUACGUGAGCCUCUCCCUCCCCUCCUAGUGAGUGAUUACCACACAAUGUCUUAUGCAAUACAUCGGAUUACUUUUACAGGACCUCUAAGAGACUUCGAUAAAGGCAACUUAUGGUCGAAGAAAGUCAUUGAUCACGCCCUCUCAUCCCGUGAUAUCCACGAAGAAAGAUACGAGCUUGGUGAUGAGACUAGAUUACAGGACCGCUUUAACCAGUGGAUUGGGCAAGUUGUUGCCGACAUUCUAGAAGCGCGAAAAUUUCCUGUACGCUUUGGGGAUUUUAAAGCAUCAGGCGUAUGCUAUGGUUUAAUUCCAGACUCCGUGUUACUCGCAACCAAUCCCCUCGACCCCGAGAAGCUUAAAGCUGUAGGGAACUGA